AUUUUUUGUCGAACGUUCAUAUUGUGUGAGAAAAGGUCGAAGCUUAUGCAAAAGAAAUGUCGGAAAAUAAAACAAUCUGCAAGAGAACUAAUAAAAAUCAGUUCGAAAAGCUAGUCGAACUGAUGGAAUCGAACCCAAAUCUAGCGAGAGGUGUUGGAGAGUUUGGUUCUUCCAAAAAAAACCAAAAGGAAUAUUGGGACCAAUUUGCUACAACCCUCAACUCACUUGGGCCACCUACUCGUGAUGGAAAAGAAUGGCACAAGGUUUGGCUGGAUUAUAAGCUCAAAAUCAAAAGGAAACUUUCGAUGAAUAAAGCCGAAGUGGUGGCAACUGGUGGAGGUAAAUACUCUCAAGUUUCCUUAACACCUUUGGAACAAGCUGUGGAUGAGCUGCUUGGACUUGAGCAAGCUGUAAGGCCAGAAGGUAUGUGCUUUGGUUCAUCUCACCAAAUUUCAGAGGACUUAAUUAUCGGCUUACAAGACAUUGAAGUGCUCAACGAAAAAGACCCUGGUGAAGCCGAUAAACAAAAAUCACCACCGCCCCCACUACCAGCAAUGAAAAGAACCACAAUGAAUGAAACUUCUGAAAAAGAACGCCUUCGCUUGUUACAAGGCCAAACUGCAACACAGACAGAGUUGGUAAAAAUCGGAUGACAUGUUGAGACUGAUCCAGGUUGGACAUAAUUUGUCUUCGAUUGCACACACAACUUCUUUUAAUACUAUGGAAACCGAGGAUUGUGACAG